AAGAUGAUAACAUCUCUAUCCUUGUGCAGCACAAUUUUACUGAUGGAAUGGCGUUAGGAAGUGCGUUUCUCAUCUACGGAUCAGUUGGUGGAUGGUCAAGAACCAUCUUCUUACUUGCUCACGAGCUUCCCAAGAGGAGCGGUAACAACGGUAUAACGGAUGGUAAAGGAAGGAAGAACUUAAAAUAGAGAAAAGAGAUUUACAGAGAUGAUUUUUUUGAUCCUUGAGGAAUACGUAAGGUACAGAGAAGACAAAGAGAUAGAGAGGAAGAGGAGAGAGAGAGGGAGGAGGCUGGCUUCGAGGAUGAAGCUGUGGAAACGAGCAGCCGCCGCUAUAAAAGACCGUAAAAGCUUACUAGCCGUCGGAUUCUCAAAGCGAACUCCGCACCAUAACCUAGACCUCGAAGCAGCCAUCAUCAAAGCCACCUCCCACGACUCCUCCUCCAUCGACUACUCGAACGCUCGCCGCGUCUACGACUGGAUCCGAUCCUCUCCCCUCAACCUCAAGACUCUCGUCCACACCCUCUCAUCCCGCGUCAGCCACACGCGCAGCUGGAUCGUCUCCCUCAAAUCCCUUAUGCUUCUCCACGGCGUCCUCUCCUGCAAGCUCCCUCCCGUCCUAGGCGAACUCCGCCGUCUCCCUUUCGACCUCUCCGGUUUCUCCGACGGGCAUUCUUGUCUCAGCAAAACAUGGGGGUUCAACAUCUUCGUCCGGACCUACUUCGCUUUCCUCCGUAGCUACUCUAUCUUCUUGUCUGAUCAGUUUCAUCGCCGUCGUCGAUCUUCUUGUCAGCUCGAAAGGAUCGAGAAACUGCAGUCUCUUCUCGAUUUGAUUCUACAGAUCCGUCCCGUCGCUGACAACAUGAAGAGAACGUUGAUCCUAGAGGCAAUGGACUGCGUCGUGAUCGAGAGUAUCAACAUCUACGGUAGAAUAUGCGGCGGCGUCAUCAGGUUCCUUCCGGGUUCUUCCGGAAAAACAGACGCCGCCGCGAUGCUAAAGAUCGUCAACAAGGCAACCUCUCAGGGAGAGGAUCUAGCUCUCUACUUCGAGUUCUGCAAAAGCUUUGGCGUCCCGAACGCGAGAGAUACUCCUCAGUUCGUUAGUAUACCAAAGGCAGAAGUAGAAACAAUCAAGAAAAUGAUCAAGAACGAAGAAGUAGUGGUGGAGGAAGAGAAAGCUAUGGUGGUUUGGGAGAAACCGAGAUUGGAGACGAUCAUCACAGAGGAAUGGGAGAGUUUCGAAGAUGAUGAGUGUUGUUUCCGUGAAAAGGUGGUUAAAGAAUAUCAAAAGCAUCCUCUUCCUGGUCUUAUAGUAUCGUACCAAGAACCAGUUUAUAUACAGUACAUGAUGCCAGAUUUGAUUACGUUCUAGUGAAGACACAAGAAACAAUAUGGAUGAGAUUGAACUUGUUUUGUCUUUCUUUUUUUUUUCUUUUUCCAUGGUUCUGGUUCUGUACAUAUACACAAUUUUUACCAGUAUCUUGAGUAAAAAUUCAAAAAAGAAGUGGUACAUUUUGAGAUA